AUUACACUUUGUAGCACCAUCUAGUGCACUAGGCAUGCAUCAAGCAGUAGGAAAUAUAAUCGAAUUGAAAUGAUCUUGCAAAGAGUUAUAUUUUAGUCUGUUCUCAUUCAGUACCGAUUACCACUAGAGACGUGGAUUAACUUUAUGAUGCCUUUUGGCGUUUCAAUGUUUUGGUCACCAUUAGCUUGCAUUGUUUAGAUUUGAGGAAUUGUUAAAAAAAAAAAUCUUUGUUUGUUUUCUGCAGAAGAAAGGAAGUAAUUCACAUCUGGGAUAGCAUAAGGGUGAGUAAAUGAUGAGAGAAAUUACAUUUUUGGGUGAACUAUUCCUUCACCCAAAAGUUAUUAUUUUUUUAUUUUACGGUAGGAACUUCUACCCACUACUUUGUAUCCACCCGGACUAAUUACGUCAUCAGGAAGCGCGUCCGGCUUAUAAACAAACGUACGCAUCUCGCAGCCUUCUGCUGUUUGUGCAAUCUAAAAAUAACGCAUUUUAAUUUUGACAAUUUUCAUUAUUUUUCGACGACCACUUAAGGGCAACCGCCACCAGGUUUAUAGGCAUGCCAAGUAAUUGUCCGGAGUGUGGCUCGUCCAAUGUCGUGGAGGAUGAUCUGUACUCUCAGAGGCAGUUGGUGUGUGAAGACUGUGGGUCUGUGGUCGCAGAGGGACAUCUGACCACCACACUGAGCGAUGAGACCCAGAGCAGAGCUGUGCCCUAUCACACUUCCACAGAGGCGAUCAAGAAACCAUGCAGGAAUCUAAUCGCAGGCUUCUCUCGAGUGCGUGCCCUCUGCCGUAUUCUCAGAUUAACCAGUGAUAUGGAAUCGGAGGUAGUGUGUCUCUUUGAGCGGGCUUACAACCACCCAAACUUCCUCCAUGUGACCUUAACCAAGAAGGAGGUCUUGGGAGGUUGUUGCAUACUGUCCGUCUGUAGGCAGAGCAACUGGCCUGUUUCUAUGGGAACCAUUGGAUACCUGCUAGGGGCAGACACUCCUUUAAUGGGCGCAGUCUAUCAAGAACUUACAAAGAGUCUGAAUAUUGAGAAUACAACCAAAGGCAUCACAGACUUGCUGGAAAGCUUCUGCUAUGAGUUCAAGCUGCGUCCUGAACAGGUGGAUGAGGUUUUGUCUGAAACCCCACAGCGGCUAGUGGACAGAACAUCUGCUCUGAUUGAACUAGCUGCAGAUGCCUGGAUAGUGACGGGCCGUCAGCCUUUGCCCCUCUUCAUGGCAUCAGUCUAUGUGGCCUGGCAGUCUCUAAACCCUACGGCCCGCAUGAAAUACUCUUUUAGUGCAUUCUGCCAGAUUGGGAAGGCACCUGAACAGUCAUGGCGAAAAAGCAGAGAGACCAUCCUGAAGCGGAUAAAUGAGCUAAAGGGGGUGUUGUGUAAACUGGGUCAGGAGCUGCCAUGGCUAAGAGGGCGAAAAGUGGAGCCCAGCAUGGUGGCCACACUAGUGGAUGACAUCCUAAAGAACCGCAGGGCAUUGCUCAUGAGAGCCGUUCGAAAAUAUGAAGAGCAAUUGAAAAAUGAACUCCCAGAAACACAAACAGGAGACCAUGAUAAUGACCUAUCAGGUAACAACCCAACUAAUUCAAAUCAUCCUGAUUCACCUUCCUCAAAGGCUCUUGAAUCAGAAGUUACGUAUCUCAAGCAGGUGAGCUCUGAUGAUUGUGAGUCUGUCGCUGAUAAAGAGACCUCCGAUUGUGAACUACCACCAACCCAUUGGGGUAAAAGGCACUUGUUUUUACCUCCCUGCGUGAAGAGUCGCAAAAGGCAGCGAGUGGACACUCCUCAGUUGGAAGUGACUGGAGAUGAGGAAAUAUCAGACAGUGAAAUUGAAUCAUACAUUCGAUCUCAGGAUGAGAUCAAAAUGUAUUUGACAGCUCAAAAAGAGCUGGAGGAGGCGUAAUGGGUUCACACUGUGAACAAAGGUUGUAUUGUUUACAUUAGGAUACGUCAUUCCUGGUUUAACAUUAAGCUAAACUUGAUGUUGUAGAGGAAUAGUUCACACAAAAAUGGAAAUUGCCCUCAAGUUGUUCCAAACCCAUAUAACUUUCUUUAGUAAAACACAAAAGCUAAAACAUUUUAUAGUAUCCUGGCCUCUCUUUUCCAUAUAACGCAAGUAAAUGGGAACUGGAGCUGUCAAACUCCAAGAUGACAAAAAAAGUACCAUAACACGGUUAUUAAAGUGUUCUACAUGGCACGUGAGCUUCUGAAGCCAUACGAUAGCUGUGCCAUUGGUUCAUUUGUCAUACCAAUCUAUUGAAUGGGCCACUUUUAGGGUACGUUUUUGACAGCCUAGUCUCCAUUCAUUUUCAUUAUGGAAAGGCGCAUCCAGGAGAUCCUUCAAAAAUUCACCUUUUGGGUUCCAUUGAAUCGGAAAAGAGGUCAUACAGGUUUGUGAGUAAAUUAUGAUGAUUUAUUUUUUGGUGAACUGUCCCUUUAAUUUUAUUUUAAAAAAUGUUGUUUUUUUUUAGUUUCAUUGAUUUAUAUUUAUUUCUCUUCGUUUGGACUAUCCAAAAAGAACAUUCUGUUGUAGUACUGAAGGUUUUUGCAAAUUAUUCGUCAUCUUAUUUAAAAAUACACUUGAUUCUGUCUUAAUUGUUGCAUUUUAUUUUGCAGUGCCAAUUUAUUGUGAAUUAUAGGUCUUAAUAUUAGCGCCUUUUGUCAGGAAUUCAUUUAUUUCCUCGCUGGAGCAAGUUUCAAAUGAUUUGUUAAGUGUUGUGUACUUUUCACUUAAAUAACUUGUAUUUAAUUUGACUCAACUGCAGCCACUGAAUUCCCCUCAGAUGCAAGACACAUUUAUUUUCCCUUGCACAUUGUCCAGAAUGUGUCAUUCCACUAGAGUUAAUUUCAGGAAGAACUUGAUUUUAAUAACGCUGAGUCACAGCUGUUCCUGCUGACAUUGUGUUUGUGAUGGCAUCAUUAGUAUGCACUGGUUUCGUUCUUUUGUUUGCUUGAGGCUGUAAAAACUGACAAAUCAAAAGUGUUGUUACUCAGGUAUAUGACCCUGAAAAUGCUAAAUAAAGGCAUUUGCCAUAAUUAUCAGA